AACGCGGAACGCCUUGCUAAUGUCAAACCGAAGGUUUGGGCGGAUUGUUUACAAAGAGAAAAGUUGUUUACGGAACCAGGCAAGCGGCAUAAGUUUUACUUCUAACUUUUAGCAGCAAAUACAGCCAUUACCCUAACUAGCCUGUGCCGAAUGGCUGCCACACGGGAACGCCGCUCAAAUGCCGGCCGACGGAUGGCCACCCUGCUGAACGAGGAGGAAGAGGACGAAUUUUACAAAACUUCCUACGGCGGCUUCAGCGAGACGGCGGACGAUGGCGACUACGUUCAAAAGAAUGACGACGAGGAAGAUAUCGUCGAUUCCGACUUCAGCAUUGACGAAAACGAUGAGCCCAUUUCCGACGCGGAGGAGGAACCGGCGAAAGGUAGCAAACGCCGGAAGGUGGGCACGGUGACGAAGGCGUAUCGAGAACCGGCCCCCAAGAAGCAGGCCCCCGCCAAAGCGAAGGAACCGAAGGCAAAAGCCGAACGACAGUCGACGCUGCGCAAGCGGCCCAAGUUUACCGUGAUCGACUCGGGGCGCAAAUCGUUCCGCAAGUCGACGGCGGCCAAAACGGCCGCCACGCAGAGCCGGCUCAAGCAGCGGUUCGAGGCGGAACGGAAGCGGACGCGCGUCAUCCGAACGGAGGAGUACAUCCCGACGCAGGAGGAGCUGCUGGAGGAGGCGGAAAUUACCGAGCGGGAAAAUAUUAAAUCUUUGGAACGCUUCCGAAGGAUGGAGCUAGAAAAGCAGAAAAUUAGACCGACGAAAAAGAAGUUCACCGGACCGACGAUUCGCUACUUCUCCACCGCCAUGCCCAUCAUCGAGGAGGUGUACGAUAGCAACACCGAGGUGGACCCACUCAGCAUAAGCGACCCGAAGGAGGCGGAGGAUACGAACGACAAAACCGCGAGAGAAAAGACUGUAAAACGAAGCAGAAGCAAGAAAACCACCCUGAUGGAGGUAACCGGCCAGUACGAGCGCACGUUCAUCACGUUCGAGAACGACAUCGACAACAAGCUGUUCGAGUCGUACUUCCCCACGCCGGACGCGGCCCGCAAGCAUCGGCAGAUCUGUGCCGUCACGCGGCUACCGGCCCGCUACUACGACCCGAUCACGCAGCUGCCCUACCGCAACAUGCAGGCGUUUAAAAUCCUGCGCGAAGCGUACUACCAGCAGCUGGAGGAGCGCGGCAACACGGACAAUCCGGACGUGGCGCGAUGGUUGGAGUGGCGCAAAAAGAUCAAGGAGUAUCGGAUGACCGCAAUGAAGAAGCUGCAGCCUCCGAAACCUCCGACGACGGUGGCGUCGGCAGUGGCAACGACGGCGGUAAGUGCAACCGGGAGUGUGGGAAAAUGAAUCUUCUUUCCUUGUUUUUUUAUUUUAGAGAUAAUUUUUAAGAACGAAAAACACCCGAUGCGAUAGUAUAAUAAAGUGGCUGUAACGAGAGAGAAACUGUACGCUUCACAUUUCUAAGCUAAAUUGGCAAUUUAUUUGUUUAAAUAUGUGUGUGUGCGGUGUGUGUCCCCUUUUUCCAGGGGGCCUUUUGCGACACUUACGAUCGACGAUAUUAAAAAGCCACACAAAACCGAAAAACAAAACACACAAUGCAACUAUCACAUUCACAUCAGACUAUCUCCUUUUGCCUAGGGUGCUGGCUGGUUGGCUGGCGUUCACUCUCUAGUGCGAAUGGAGGGAGGGGUGAAACACCCACUCUUUCUACCCUCCACGAACCCUAGCCCUAGCCCUAUCUCAACACUAUCUAUCUAUUAAUCAACGACACAUCAACGGCAACAAGUUACACACAGGAUAGGCGGUUUUUAUAUUAGUUUUUUUUUUUUGCUAGACAAAAGUGCUGCAUGGGCUGUGUGCUGGAUGCAGCUGCCCCUUUGGCGGCUUUAGCAUUAAAAUGCGCAAAUAUUUUUCUAUGUUUUUUAAAUAUGGUUUCAUCAUAGAGUCGGUCUGUGACAAUCCUUUCCAAAGUUGAUAGUUUGUUUUUACUUUUCAUCAACAGCGCUAAUAAUACAAUUCUUUUGGUUAUGGCACAUCUAAAACACAUCUUCCUCCUUCAUGGCAUUUUAAAACACGUAAAACACGGUAAUCAAACAAUGUGUAACACUUGUCCAUUUGGUAUAUAUAAUAAUAUAUAUAAAAAAACAACACGAAAAUCAUUUCCCCAUUAUUCUACCCACAAAGUUAACUAUUUGCUUCUGUUCUAUUCCGGUGGCUGGGUGUAGUAGCUAGCUAGCUGCUAAUCGAUGUAUGAUUUCCUUUUAUUUCUUGUUUUGGACUAAAAACUGGUGCCGUCUGGUGCAGUUUGAAAAGUCGUUUAGAUGGAUUUGUUUUUUUCUGUUCUAUUAAAACGCUCUAUUUUCAAUGCAACAACACAUCAACUGGAGCGAGCGCGGGAGAGUUUGGCCCUAGCCAAAAAAGAAGACGGUAAUAAAUCAUCCACAGAGAAAACAAGGUUUUCCCGUUUUGGACGGAAACCGAGACACACGGUUCAAAUCAACAACUGUUGUUAAUUAAUUAACAGUAAUUUCUAAACAUUUGUUUGUAACAUUGAGGAAAAAUACUUAUCAAACCAAUAUUUAGUCAAAACUCUCCAGUGAUGUCCGCUAUUUAUCUCUCUCAUUGUUUCAAGUGUUCCUGCUGAAUUGAUUGUUUUUGGUACGGUUUAUCUAUUGCCUUUCUUCCGGUUGUCACUAACUCACUCCACAAAAAACUGCUACUAUCUACUGUAAAAACAAACAAACCAACAACCACCAAAGACUUCAUUACUACCAACCACAAUUAACGGACAACAGAUAGCGGCUAACACGUGCUCACCAACAUCAACUCUAAGUAUAACACACCCACCCUAAGAUUUGUAUAUGUAUAAAUCUCGUACCUUGUACAAAAUAACGCACGAAAAAACAAACCUAUCAAACUUGUUGUUACAUCGGAGGUGUUUCAAUCUUAUCAUCGGAACAACAUCUUCAGCCGGCGAGUCGAGUGU